AAAAUGUCCGUAAAUUUCGUCGGAGCAACUGAAAUUUUAGCAGCUUCUUCUUGCAGUUCUUGUUCAUCUCAAUCGGGAGACAGGUAAAGACGGCAAACGAAAAAAAACGCACGCACACAGUGAGAGUGACACAGGGACAAAGACAGCCAAGAAAGACAGCAAAAAGAAAAGAAAUUAGAGAGAAGUGAACCGGUUUCUGUCGAAAAAGUAGAAAGAAAAAAAAAGAUAAAAUUAUUUUGUGGCGUUCUUCCCGAAAGUUUUAAAAUUGGAAAAUCAAGAAAAAAAGUUUUUAAUUUUUUUUGAAAAAUUUUUAAAGACUGGAAAUCAAGUUUUAUUUAAAUUUUUGUUAAUUUCGUGUCCCGUGUUUAAGAGAAAAAAAAUUGAAACGUGCUCCCAAAAUGCCAACAAAUUAUUCCAACAACAACAACAACAAAAAUUCUACGACUACGACGAAAAAAAAUAAUCACAUCGGUGAAUGUCUCUCCGUGGAAAAUAUCUACACGAUCCAGAAUGGCGGACGGCACUACGACGCAAAUGAACCCUUUGACAUAACCUCUGCCGACGAUCCCAACAACGAACGAUGUCCCGCAUCUCCCAUCACAAUUCCUGCCAAAACAACCUCACGCUCGAACUCGACAAAAUCGCCAAAGCCUCGUCGGCAACGCACAACCUCGACGAGCCAAAACACGAAUCAGAAUGAGGCGAUUAUGCGUGCGAACAAUCGCACAAUUUACACUGCCGGUCGCCCUCCGUGGUACAAUGUCAGCGGGCAGCAAGUCGAACCUUUCGUCAUUGGGAUUUGCGGCGGCUCCGCAAGCGGCAAAACAACUGUUGCACAAAAAAUCAUCGAAAGUCUCGAUGUUCCGUGGGUCACGUUGCUCUCCAUGGACUGUUUCUACAAAAUUCUCAAUGAAAAGCAGCACGAAAUGGCGGUUCGCAACGAGUACAAUUUCGAUCAUCCCGAUGCCUUUGACAUCGAACUCAUGGCUGACGUGCUGCGGAAACUCAAGGAAGGCAGAAAAGUCGAAGUGCCCAUCUAUAAUUUUGUCACACAUUCGCGGGAACCACAAACGAAAACGAUGUACGGCGCCAACGUCAUCAUUUUCGAGGGCAUUCUCACGUUUCACAGUCCUGAAAUCGUUAAAAUGCUCGACAUGAAAGUCUUUGUCGACACAGAUCCCGACAUCAGGCUGGCGAGACGUCUGAAACGUGACAUCACACAACGUGGUCGUGACUUGGAAGGCGUCUUGAAGCAGUAUUCGACAAUGGUAAAACCCGCAUACAGUAAUUACAUCGCCCCAACUAUGGCGCACGCCGACAUCAUUGUGCCACGCGGCGGCGAAAACAAAGUCGCAAUCCAGCUGAUUGUGCAACACGUACACACCCAAUUGACGUCGCGUGGCUUCAAACUGCGCGAAGCUCUUGCUCACUUGAACGACGAGGAUUUACCGAUGCCCGAGUCACUUCAUCUCAUCCCAACUACGCCACAAAUCAAGGGAUUGCACACAUUUAUUCGGAACGCCAGCACGUCGCGCGACGAAUUCAUUUUUUACUCGAAUCGCUUGAUGCGUUUAGUGAUAGAAUAUACCCUCAGCAUGUUACCAUUUAAGGAUUCAACGGUCGACACACCGCAAGGUGUGAGUUACAAAGGCAAACGGAUGACUUCGCAGAAAAUUUGCGGCGUGUCAAUUUUGCGUGCGGGUGAAACAAUGGAACAGGCAGUCAGUGACGUCUGUAAACACAUCAGAAUCGGCAAGAUUCUAAUCCAAACUAAUCAACAAACAGGUGAACCCGAGCUUUAUUACCUUAGAUUACCAAACGACAUAAAAGACUACAAAGUCAUCCUCAUGGAUGCAACGUGUGCAACUGGUGCAGCAGCAAUCAUGGCGAUCAGAGUAUUACUUGAUCAUGACGUUCCUCCCGAAAAUAUUCUCCUAGUUUCGUUGUUGAUGGCGAAAAUUGGCGUACAUUCGAUCGCAUAUGCGUUCCCAAAGGUCAAAAUCAUAACUUCCGCCAUUGAUCCCGAAAUUAACGAGAAAUUUUAUGUCAUUCCCGGCAUUGGCAACUUUGGUGACAGAUACUUUGGCACAGAGCCCGAAUUAGAUGUGUAAGAAACACGUUCAUUUACCUCGAUUUUUCUUGAGGUCAUUAAAUGGACUACCUAUAAAAAAAUUUUUCGUUAAGUUACAAAAGAAAAAUAAUUUUAAACUUCAUAUGUUACUUAAAUUUUUAUUAAGUUUUAACAGAAAAAAAAAUCUACUACAAAUUUUUGGAGAAAAAAAAUUAACAAAAAUUGUGGAGAUAAACAAAAAAAUAAAUUGUCAAAAAAAGUGUUACAAAAAUUAAAAAUUUAUAUAAAAAAAAUUAUUGAAUUAGAAAUUACUCGAUAAAAAAUUAUAUCAGAACCUAUUAAUUAUGUAAGAGAAAUUUUUUUAAAUGUGUCAGAAUAAAAAAACAAAAUAUUAAAAAAAAAUUGACACAUGGAACUAUGAAUUCUCACAAAAAAAGAGACUUAAAGAAAAAAAUUGGAGGUAAAAAAAUCUUUAUUUCUUUUCCAACAUUAUUAUCAUUUAUACUAAAUACCUAACACAUAAAUUUAUUACUACUAUUAAUAUUAUAUAAAACAUUUUUAUAGUUUUAAAAAUAUUUAAAAUAAGGGUUUUUUGUGUGUAAAUGGACGGAAAAAAAA